UCGAGUGUUUCUUUCAAGGGGAAAAGGUGAGAAAAAAAAAGACCCAGCUCCGAGAGAAGGGGAGCCAUGGCGAUCGCCGGCGAUUUGAAGGCAUUUGGGGCAUUUGCUUCUCUUCGUCCCAAGCAUCCCUUCAGACCCUCAGUUUCUUCUUCAAAGCAUUUACAGUUGGGUGGCUUUCUUACUGGAGGAUCUAAUGAUCUCAAGAUAACAAGUAAAUGGCCGCACAUGAAAUUGGAAGGACAUUCAAUCGGACGUGAAGAUUUUCGCUGUUUCCGCACCACAGAUAACAAACUCUCAUCAACAACCUUUAAUCAAGAUGCAGAAGGCUUCCUGCUUAACGCCAUCACCAUGAACUUCUUUGAUCGUCUGAGCUUGGCCUGGAAGAUAUUAUUCCCCACAUCAACAGCUAGAAGAAACUCCAACGCUAAAGUUGCAAAACAACGGCUGAAAAUGAUCCUUUUCUCAGACCGAUGUGCUGUCAGCGAUGAAGCCAAGCAAAAGAUUGUGACUAACAUUGUUGAGGCCUUAUCUGAUUUUGUAGAAAUAGACUCACAGGACAAGGUCCAGCUAAGUGUCUCAACUGACCCUGACCUCGGUACAGUGUACUCGGUCACAGUCCCGGUCCGACGAGUGAAGCCUGAGUAUCAAGAAUCUGAAGAGGACUGCAAGGGCAAGAUCACAGGUGUCCAGUACCGAGACACGGGAGAUGCAUCUGGUACUGUUGAUGUCACAUUCGAUUUCUAUGUACCCAAUGGGAAUUAAUAGGUUGCUUAAUAUAGUUUGUUUGGAGAACUAGGAAGUUGAUCUUGCUUUUAGGGUUUAUGUUUGAGACAUUGUUUUCAUGUUGGAAUUCUCUUCUGCAGGCAUAUGCAGUUUUUGUACAUAAAUGCAGUGGUGAGGAUUUUGAUCAUGCC